AUGAUGCACGAUAUCGAAAGUAUAAAACGACGAGAAAAUGAAAAAAAUGACUUCGCUGAACAGUUGCAAAAACGAUUUUCACUGAAUCGAUAUGGGAGACCAAAGCUAACACCAGAUGAAAAACGUUUGGCAAAGGAAUUACACGUAUCAGAUCAUCUCCUGCAAGGUUUGGAUAAAAACGAUGUGAAAACAAGAGAGGCUUUGGAAUUCAGUCAACUCUUUCAACAAGCAAUUAAACUUGCAAUGGUAGUUACUGGUGCCAAUGGUACCGAAUUGGAGAAUAAAACUCUAAGAUUUGGUUCACCACGUCUGUUAUCAAUGGUACCUGAUGAUGCCAAUGAUCAGAUUAGCAUUCUAUCUCCCUCCCUGUUCAGCAUGCACGAUAAAGGUAAAGGUUUAGAGGCACUGACCAGUAUUCCGGCAUUGCUGAAAAUUGCCGGAAACAGAGAUUAUGAUGAAUGGUUAAACUUCAUUAUGGAAGCCUCCGGUACAACCGAUGCAGUACAUAAACUAAAGGAAAGUCAGGAAUCGGAUUGGUUACCACCCGGUUAUAAGUCAAUGCCACGUGGAAUUGAUGGUCAGCCAAUGUAUUUUACCAAGGAAAACUUAACAGAAAUUGAUCCAGAAAUGGCCAGGAAGAUGGAAGUUUUUGAAAAUUUAAC